AUGGAUUACCCAGACGAAAACCUUACACUAAUUUCAUCUCCUUGGAGUGAGUUAGAAUCCUGCGUCACGAAUAUAGUUGAAAGGUCAACCAGCCUCGUGUCUCCCAGUUUGAAAUUUGGUGAAGAUCAUAAAUCCCAAGACGCAGAAGACCAAGUUCAACGUGAUGGUCUGACAGUUAAAAGCCUCAACAAUGGGAACAUGAUAGACCUCAAGAAUGAUUUUGAGCUUUUACCCCACUUGGUUGUGAAAAACGAAAAGCCAUAUGAGUCCACUAGCCUAAAAUUUCACUCAAAAGCAAAAGUUCUCGUCUAUAAUCAUGAUAGCGAUUGCAAAUCUAUAAGGAAAGUAUUCUCACCUCGGAAGAGCAAAGAUGGCAGUCCCUUGAAAAGGAUCAAUAAAUCAAUCAGCAGAAGAUUUUCAGGACUCGGUGUUAGCUCGUCAACAACAGAAUCCAAAGAAAACCUGGUCCAUAGUAGGCGUGAUCGUUCUAUAUUGAAGAACAAAGUCAAUGUUAAUGAAGAGCAAGAGUCCGUCAGGGCCAACAAUUGUGACGAAGUCCAGGUGGAGGACUUUUUGUGCUUCGUUGAGACACAUGAGCGAAGACGCAUGGAUACCGAGCCUUUUCUAGAACACUUCCGCGAGAAACAGAUCGAGAACUACUAUGAAAAUAUCUAG